CCUGGAUGUUUGCAAAAAGCAGACAUAAACAAUACUUUUGGAAAAUAUUUAGACUUUAAUAUUUAUUUAUUAAAUGGCGUCAAACAUUAAUAUGCAUACAGAGGAUGAUACAUUGACUGAUGUUUUCAUUGAACCUGACGAUUUACUCACGAUUUUGAUAAGAUAUGGAUUAUACUUUGGUGCGAUCUUUCAAGUUGUGUGCAUUGCUGCUGUUAUAUUCUUAAAGGAUAAUUCCAAAACUUUGAAUCAUGAUUCGGACACUGAAUCAUCUGAAAUUUCUCCUCAAUUGACACCCAAAAAGCAUCACCGAGGCAGAAAAUUGGAGAAGAAGAAGAAACGAUAAAUUAUGACUUUACAAUUUUUGCACUAUCUUGUCAUAAAUUAAUCGAUUGACUGAUUUCAAAUCUAAUUUUCUCCAACAAUUAAUGUCUAUGCAACAUAUAUACUUUUGGAUAAUGAUCUCUUUUUGAAUAAUAAGAAGUUCUCGAUUAUUUAAAUCAACUGUUUGAAGCAG